AUUCUCCUUUGCAAGCUACUAAGCCCAUUAGGUGUGUCAUGUACUCGUAGAAAGCAGAAGUCCAUCAGCUGAUCAGCCUUCAGUAGCUGCACCUUCAAACAUAAGCGCUUGAGAGAGAGAGAGAGAGAGAAAGAGAGAGAGCUGACAAGCUGUACAGGACAGGAGCACAGGAACCAAGACUGACUCCACUCUGUCAUUAAAUUCUCAAAAUGGCUUUUAAAUCUCUGUCAUUCUUCUUAGCUAACGUGAAUGAGAAGUAAAAGAGCGGAAACAAACAGUGCUGAUUCACCGAAGAGCCACGAGCCUUCCGCUUUACCGUACCGUUAUUCAAGAGAGCUUAUCAGUGUUGGCUGGACCUUGCCCUCGCUCAGGUCUAUAAGACAUCAGGAAGCAGCAGUUCUCACUCCUUUUCCUAGAGGCCUUACCUGUUCACCUCCUGCUGUAUGUCACUUCAAGACGGCUAACUUGGACUUAAUCUGACUUUCAUAAAACAUUUGAAUUUUAUAAAAUUGACUGACAGCAAGUAGGUCCAGUCAGCAUCUCAGUCAUCCACCAUUCUACUAAUCUCAUGACAAAAUGGCCACCUAUAGUCCUGCCUCGACACAAGAAUCUUCCCCAGAGGUAACCAGUGGUAACCUGAAGGGAAGUGGUUCUCAGGAGUCAAUGAAACUAAAGAAAGAGAUCUCCCUGAUCAAUGGUGUCUGCCUAAUUGUGGGGAACAUGAUUGGUUCGGGCAUCUUCGUCUCACCUAAGGGUGUGCUGAUUUAUAGCGCUUCCUAUGGCUUAUCAUUGGUAGUGUGGACUAUUGGUGGAAUUUUCUCAGUGUUUGGGGCUCUGUGUUAUGCUGAGCUGGGAACCACUAUUACCAAGUCUGGAGCCAGUUAUGCCUACAUCCUGGAGGCCUUUGGAGGUUUCAUGGCCUUCAUUCGUCUUUGGACAUCUCUCCUCAUCAUCGAGCCCACCAGCCAGGCUGUGAUAGCUAUUACUUUUUCUAACUACAUGGUGCAGCCGAUCUUCCCUACAUGUAUUGCACCUUACGUGGCCAAUCGCUUGUUAGCUGCAGCCUGCAUAUGUUUGCUGACCUUUGUGAACUGUGCCUAUGUGAAGUGGGGGACUCGUGUACAGGACUUUUUCACCUAUGCUAAAGUCAUCGCUCUCAUUGCUGUUAUCAUCACAGGCCUUGUCAAGAUAUUCCAGGGUUACACACAGAAUUUCGAGGGGUUGUUUGAAGGCUCGACCCAGGACCCUGGUGAUGUGGCUCUAGCGCUGUACUCAGCUCUGUUCUCUUACUCGGGCUGGGACACCCUCAACUUCGUCACUGAGGAGAUCAAAAACCCUGAGAGGAACCUGCCACUGGCCAUUGCCAUCUCCAUGCCCAUCGUCACUGUGAUCUAUAUCUUGACCAAUGUGGCCUACUAUACUGUUCUGCCAAUCCCUGCUAUUCUGGACAGUGAUGCUGUAGCUGUGACAUUUGCAGAUCGAGUAUUUGGGAUAUUUAACUGGACAAUCCCGCUCGCUGUCGCAUUGUCCUGCUUUGGAGGAUUAAAUGCGUCUAUCUUGGCUGCCUCAAGGCUGUUCUUCGUGGGCUCCAGAGAGGGCCACCUGCCUGACUACCUGUGCAUGAUUCACGUUAGCCGUUUCACCCCUAUCCCUGCCCUGCUCUUCAAUGGUGCCAUGGCUCUGGUGUACUUGUGUGUGGAGGACAUCUUUAAGCUGAUCAACUACUACAGCUUCAGCUACUGGUUCUUCGUUGGUCUAUCCAUCCUGGGUCAGCUGUACCUGCGCUGGAAACAGCCAGACAGACCACGCCCACUGAAGCUCAGUAUUAUCUACCCAAUUAUUUUCUGCCUUUGCACCAUCUUCCUUGUGGUGGUCCCAAUCUAUAGUGACACCAUCAACUCUUUGAUUGGCAUCGCAAUCGCCCUAUCAGGCGUCCCCGUAUACUUUCUGUGCUGCUAUACACCAGCCUCCCGUAGACCACUGUGGCUUCGCAAAUUUAUUGCAUCAUCCGGCUUGCUGAUUCAGAAGGUUUGCUUUUGUGUGCUUACUGAGAUGGACACUGAUGAAGGAAAAAUGCAGUAGAAUGGGACUGAUAAACAUGGUUAUAUGGUACAGAGAUUUCCCCAUGAUGUGGUUAGAAUGAUUGACAAGUAACACCCAGUAGGUCAUUUGAUUGAGGUAACAAGCUCUUUGGGUACUGUUUUAUGCAGAUACCUGAAAGACCAUUCUUAAAAACAUACACAUUCCUUGUGGGAAAAAUAAAUGUUCAUUUCCUAUUGCAAA